AUGGCUCACAUAAUCCCCACGGCCUACACACGGCCCCAGAAGGAGUUCAGGCAGCCGUGUCAGUUCCAAAAUGUGGACUCUCAAGACCAUUAUGUCGAGCUGCAUGCAUACACUGAUCUUAGCUAUAACGUAGAGUCUAAGCUCAACUCGCUAAGUGUGCAGGCAGUUCCGUCCACUCAUCAACGGCCCAUCCAAACGGGGAUUUUCUCAACUGAAAACGCUGGUACGCAAUAUGAGCCAGCUCUUUUUGACGAGGACGGCCUUAAUGAGGCCGUCUCAUCCAAAGACUAUGGUCUGUUUCUACAAGCGGUGGAACCGUAUCUGAGCUCGAGUCUCGAUAUGAAUUUAUACGCAGACUCUGAAAAUGCUCUUAAGCAAGAUGAAGAGGACUACGAUGCAAAGAGCCAGUCCACCCUCCCGGAGAUCCAGGCCCUGUCGCAUGCAAAAUACACCAGGGGGAAGGCAAUAUCUGCGAUGGCGUACGCAAACGUCGGGAAGCUAACCUUAGUUUACAUGGCCGUAGCACCACCGAACUGGCGCAACACGGGCCUUAACGAAGACCUGGAGGCAUUUGGAGACAAUGGGCCUGCUAUGACCUUUGCAGCUCUCUGUGACUACCACAUUUUAGUCUGGAACCUGGCAGAUAACAUGGCACCCUUAGCCGUACUCGUCUCUCCUCACCCAGUGACCUCCAUAGAUGUGCACCCUCACAGAAACGGAACGGUCAUCCUUGCUGGCACAUACGCUGGCUCACUAAUCGUCUACGACCUUGACAAUGCCUACUCGUCCAUCUUCAGCGACAUCUUUGUGAACAACGCCGUCAUUGAUGCCACCUUUAGCAACCAAGAGGCUCUUUACAACGGGCGAAAUACCAUGACCUUUUCCCAGAGCCUAUCGGCUGGAGCAAUUCCUCAGCUUUUUUAUCCCUCUGUUACAUCGUCAGUCAGCUCACACCACGCGCUUCCAGUAACUCAGGUUAAGUGGUUACCUCAGUCCUCACAAAUUGUUCGUAAUGGCGAGCUUGAGACGUCUGCCAGCCCCCUCGGCGGACUGCAGUUCACUUCUUUGGCUCCAGAUGGAUAUAUAAAGGUCUGGUCUCUUCAGUGUGUGGACCGAGACACCACCCGGUCUGAUCUGACUGUUCUUUAUCCAUUCAUUAACAUCUUAUCGUCAUCUACAUAUCCGCACUUGGGGAUCCUUAGACCGACCACCAUCAUCUUCCCGCCAUCGGACGAGCCCUCCACGUUUUUCAUUGUCGGUGACGCAUUUGGUAACCUUGCAUGCACAACGUGGCCCGUGGCCGUGGCAGCAACUCAGGCCAUGGACGAUGAUAGACGGAAGAACGAACGAGAGAUUGCAAAGGAGAUUGGGACAACGGAUUUAGAUGCGAUAGGAGCCUACUUACUCGACCACCCCACCAAGGGGAGCUUCGUCACUUCGUUCCAGUUCUUUCUAUCCACUAUUUUCCAUUUGGAGUACAGCACAACCGUCGACAACAUGCUCCUGGCAGCCUCUGGGGACGGAUGCAAGAUUUGGAUGAUUGACAAGCAAUGCCACGUCCAAACAUUCGACAUGGCAACAAAGGGGAUAAAGGACGAGCAGCUCAUCUUGAGAUGUAACUAUGAGGCUUCAAACACAUCGGGCUUCAUCGUUACAAAAGACAUUCCAAAUGUGAUCUCCAACUAUUCUGUCGGUAGCAGCACAUCAAUCGAAAAUUUAAUAUCUAUUUCCCAGGUCAUUACCAACUUAAACCUCACCAACGCGAGCAUGUCGAAUCUCUCCGGCUUGACGAUAGAAUAUAACGCACAGGACCUUAUGUCCACUAAGCGCAUUCCGAAUAUGAUUGUCCCGGUGACCAAGAGCCUUGAGACGGACUUUCCUUUGUUUGAUUUCUAUGAGCCUGUUUUUGGAUACGGGGUUAUUGACAGCACAAUAACGGCCGCAUGUCUCUCCCAGGCGCGGCCAAGCGUCUUGUACAUAGGAAAUGAUAGGGGAUUGGUAUCUGUCUUCGAUAUCUCAGAUCGGAUGCAUGAGCCCCUAUUGACCCUGCAGAUCUGUGUGGGGCCGGUCACGCGUAUUCAGUAUAUCAGACAAGCGAUCGUUGGUGGAGUGAGCAUAAACAUGUUUGCUCAGGCAACGCUAAGCGAAAUGGGUGGGGGCGGAUUCAACUUUAUGGAGGGGAAAACUCGUGUCAAAACACGCGACGUCCUACUGGUAGGAGACAUCCAUGGCACUUUGCACGUCUUGGAGAUCCCUAAGACCCUCCGUAGCCGUGUACCCAACGAAAGAGCGAUGCUGAAAUACAAGUUUAGACGGUCUCUUGAAGGAGCUCAUUACAUAAGUUGGAGAAGAUCUAUUAGAAUGCGUGCAGGCGACGAAGGAAGAGCUGCUUUGAAUACAGGGGACGAAAAUCCAUGA